AUGAAACCUCGACUGAACGUCAACGUCGGCGUCCUCGGGCACAUCGACAGCGGGAAGACGUCGCUCGCGCGCGCGAUCAGCACGGCGUUCAGCACGGCGAGCCUGGAUAAGUGCCCGCAGAGCGCGGCGCGGGGCAUCACGCUCGACCUUGGAUUUUCGUCGUUUCUCGCCGAGUUUCCUGAUGACGUCGACGACGCGACGCGCGAGGCGUACGACGGCGCGCAGUUCACGCUGGUGGAUUGCCCGGGACACGCGUCGCUGAUAAAGACGGUCCUGGGGGGGGCGUCGAUCAUCGAUUUGAUGAUUUUGGUCGUGGACGCGCAAAAGGGCGUGCAGACGCAGACGGCGGAGUGCUUGGUGGUGGGGGAAAUAACGACGGAUAGACUGAUCGUGGCGGUGAAUAAGAUCGAUGCGUUCGCGGAGGAGGUGAGAGAGGAAAAGGUGGCGAAGAUGCAGGCGAAAUUGGCGAGCGUGUUCGCGAAGACAAAGUUUAAGGGAUGCGCGAUGUUGCCGGUGAGCGCGAGGCCGGGCGGGGCGGAUUCGCAGGCGCUGGACUCGGGCGGGGACCCACCGAUCGGGAUCGAGGCGCUGAAAACGAAGCUGUUGGAGUUAAUACCGGAGGUGAAGAAGAAGCGCGAAGCGGAAGGAGCGUUUUUGUUCGCCGUCGAUCACUGCUUUCCGGUGAAAGGGCAAGGGACGGUGCUCACGGGGACGACGCUUCGGGGCUCCGUCGCCGUGGGGGAUACGAUUGAGAUUCCGCAUCUGAAACUUGAGAAGAAGAUCAAGUCCAUGCAGAUGUUCAAGAAGUCAGUCGAUUCGUGCGCGCGCGGCGAUCGAUUGGGGAUUUGCGUCGCGGGGUUGGAUGCGAAAGUCCUCGAGCGCGGUUUAGUGUGCGAACCGAACACGGUGCCCACAUUCGACGCGGCCAUCGUGAGCGCGAGUAAAAUUCGGUUUUUCAAGAGCGCUGUGAAAUGCGGCGCAAAGUUUCACAUCACGAUCGGGCACACGACGGUGAUGGCGACGGUUCAUUUCUUCGGCGACGUCUCACGAGGUGGUGAAAACGCUCUCUCGGAUGCUUUGGCGAGUAUGCAGUUGACCGAAGUUGGCUUUGACGCGUCCAAGGAGUACAAGCACUGCGAGGAGCUUUUGACCGAAACUGAGGCUAGGGCGAUCGUCGAUGAGGCUGGGGGCGUCGACGCGUUCGACGCUCCGACGUUCGCGAAGUAUGCGCUGUUGGAGUUUGAGCAACCGAUUACGGUGCCGACGGACGAGCUGUACAUCGCGUCGCGUCUCGACACCGACAUCCAUCAAAACACGUGUCGACUCGCGUUUCACGGGAGAAUGCUUCAGCACAUUAACACGCAGCGCGAACCAGACGCGAUUCGUUCGCUUCGCGUGUUCAAAAUGAAAUCUCGCGAGGGUGCGAUCGAACGCGUGCAAGAUGAGCGCACCGUCAUCGGCAAAGGCAUGUUUAAAAAAGAAUCCGACCUGACUGCGUUCUUGGGCAUGCGCGUGUGGACGUCGAAUCAAGAGUGCGGCACAAUAGAGGGCGGUUUCGGGAAGAGCGGCAAGUACAAGGUUUACUUUUCGAACGGCAUCAAGAAAGGUGCAGGGAACGGAAAGCUCACGUUGCGAUUCAAGAAGUACGUCUUCGACGCGCAAGGGAAGAAAAUGCAGCAAACCGGUCUGUGA